ACGUGUUUGUUGUGCGCUUUGAAUCUAAAGCUCGUCCAGUUUGAAGUGUCUCACUCUCUGAGCUCUCACAAUUUACCUGUUGAGUUCCCUAUAAAUCGUCAUCCAGCAUGUGGUCAGGGCAAUCUGGUUAUCCGACCAGUAACACUCAGAGUGGUACUGGCGGCGCCCCACCUCAGUUCCCAAACCCUGCCAAUUUUGCUCCUCCCAAUCCCCCUGCAUACAACCCAUCGUUUCCUUCGCACGGUUCCCAGCUGGCACCCAGAGGUUUUGGACCACCACCACCAGUAUCAAGAGAUAACCAUCCUGGACACCACCAUAAUAGUGGUUUUCCAGGUCGCUUUGCUGGACACUAUGCCCCCCCUCAAGGUCCUCCCACUCAUUAUGCACCGCCCCCUGGCCCUCCAUCCUCAUCAUACGGUGCACCCCCUGGGCCUCCUCCGGGUAGGCAAGGCCCUCCACAAUUCCUGCCGCCCCCAGGUCCUCCUGGUAAUUAUCCACCGCCACCUGGACCCCCUCGUGACUAUGGUGCACCCCAGAUGAGCAGUGGUUACGCUUAUGCUCCUCCAGGCGGACCCCCACAGAGGCCACCCAAUCAACAGCAGUAUUACGGCCCUCAAAUGCAAGGGUCCAAUCAGAUGCAGCAAUCCUUUUUCCAAUAUUCUCAGUGUAACGGCAAGAAGAAAGCUUUAUGUAUUGGGAUCAAUUACAUCGGCCAAUCCGAACAAUUGCGUGGUUGCAUAAAUGAUGCAAACAAUAUCAAGCGUUUCUUGGCUACUCAGUUUGGGUAUAAGGAGGAGGAUAUGGUCAUACUCACUGACGAUGCGAGAGACCCACGCCAACUUCCUACUCGGCAGAACAUACUGCGCGCAAUGGAGUGGCUCGUUCGUGAUGCCCGUCCUAAUGACUCGCUAUUCUUCCAUUAUUCUGGCCACGGAGGACAGACGAAGGACCUUGAUGGCGACGAAGAAGACGGAUAUGAUGAAGUCAUUUACCCAGUUGAUUUCAAAGAGAGUGGUCAUAUUGUUGAUGAUAUGAUGCACGACAUCAUGGUGAAGUCGCUUCCCCCAGGUUGUCGUCUCACCGCUAUAUUUGAUUCUUGUCACUCCGGAUCAGCUCUGGAUCUCCCAUUCGUCUAUUCCACAGAGGGCAAGAUCAAAGAGCCAAAUCUCGCCGCGGAGGCAGGCCAAAGUUUAAUGUCUGCUGUGACUUCAUACGCUCGCGGCGAUAUGAGCGGCGUAUUCAGCUCUGUCAAGGGAUUGAUCAAGACUGCCAGCGGAGAUAGACAGAAAGCCGAGAUGAUCUCUAGGACUACAAAGACAAGUCCUGCCGACUGCAUUUCUUGGAGCGGCUGCAAGGAUUCGCAGACCAGUGCGGAUGCAGAAGAAGCCGGAAAAGCUACAGGCGCUAUGAGCUAUGCUUUUAUCAAGGCACUCACCAACAACCCGCAACAAAGUUACCAGCAGCUGCUUAAUUCCAUCCGUGAUAAUUUGAGGGCAAAGUACAGUCAGAAACCACAGCUGUCUAGUUCUCACCCGAUGGACACAAACCUACUUUUCAUAGCCUAGAUAAUAAAUGUUUGUAUUAUGUAUGUUUACUGAAUGUGGAAUACAAGAUUAUCCUGUCCAGUCAAGUUGCAUAU